CAUCGGCCCCAACACAGACCCUGCUUCUUCCUUCUCUCCACUGGCUAGUUUGCCGCACGGUCUACAACCAUGCUUGCCUCGCUUUUUGCCCUGGCUACGUUCUUCAACGUCGCUCUGGGUCAAACUGAAUUGAUCAUCAACACGCCUUUUCCUACGCCCACCGUUUGUCAGCCGUCUUUGCUGACAUGGGGUGGAGGAAUAGCUCCGUAUUUCAUCAGACUCGUGAAAACCGAUGAUCAGACCGUCCUCGUUAAUUUCGGGCAGCUCGUCAACACAUCUUUAACCUGGAAAGUACUAGAACCUGCCGGGACGGCGUGUCAGCUUCUCAUCAAGGACAGUACCGGCUCGAAUCAAGCUUCUGGCCCAUUCGACAUCGCAGCCGGCGACGCGUCGUGCUUAGCGAGCUCUAGUAGCGCGUCGUCCAAAUCUACCGUCUCCGGUUCUCAUCCCACUUCCUCGCAGUCACAUUCAAAGAAGAGUGCCAGCACUUCAACGACUAAAACCAGCACUCUGACCAAGACAAGCAUGGCCGUGACCUCCAGCACCUUCAUCCAGCCGUUGACGACGACGACCAGCACAAGCAUCAGCCUGUCUCAGACAGGUUCUUCCACCUCGGGUGUCUCCACUUCUCCUCCGGCAUCUCGGUCGUUCUCCCUGCCCGCCCCGUCGUCCACUGGUGCUGCCAGUCGGAAUGUCAUACCUGCUGCGGGCAUCUUUAUCGUCAUCAGCGCCGCUGUCGCGGCCUCGGUUUAGUCGUUGCUACUGAGUACUCGAGAACGCAUAUAUACCAGUUUCCACGUAGCCAGUCCUGUGUCCCUAGGCUCCAAUGCAGGGAGUAAACGCGAGCCAGAAGCCAGUUACAGUUCACGUGAGAUACGCGUGAUUAGCACGUGUACAAGCAUGAGCAAAUAAGGGAGUCCCUUGUGUCUUCCCUGCCUAACUACCAGAAAGAUCGGAUGCAUUCGUGAGAUUACGACCUUCAUUCCCUCGCCUUCUUCAUUUCCAUCUUUACCAUGAGGACGCGGGACAAUUUACGGAGGCUUUCAACGUCAUCAGCGGACAUCUUUCUCCCAGGGCUGUUGAGUAGCGACAUGGAAAAGACACGUACGGCGGCGGCGCGCUCGAGCAUCGCCUCUUCCUGGGUGGAUAGGAAAAGGUCAUAACCUGCGAUCCUCCGAAAGGGAAGCCGAUGGAACACGCGUGGAUAAUGCUAAUCAGCCCCUAUAUUUUGGUGUCUUUUAAGCGCCUUUUUGAACGUAAGAUUCAACUUGAUGAUUCGGGACACUUCUUUCCCCAGUACGGCACGCAGCCCCACCCGGUAUUUCAUACUUAAUUCGGAACGUCAUUGCGACACGAACGGCCUCUCCUCUUCGCUCCCAUGUCCAGACUUCCCGGCCGAGGACCAAGGCUGGCUCGUCGCCCCUCCCACCAGGCGCUGGGUUCCUUCCGAUAUUACUUGCCCAGCUUCUCUUCCAGUACUAGCAGCUCGUUGUCUUCAGCCCCGGACGCUCAGCACACCAGCAAUUUGAUCGACGAGGAAAUCAAGAGAGACGCCGUGAGAAGGCAAGGGGAGAGGCUCCGCGAGGUCAAAGUUGUUCUCCUGGGACAGGCAGAAUCUGGCAAGUCGACACUCCAGAAACAGCUGCAGCUCUACCACGCAUCUCACAUCCUGGACGCCGAGCGCCCCGCCUGGCGCAUCGUCGUGUACGCGAAUCUAAUCAAAGCGGUCCGGAUGAUUUUCGAGGAGCUCGACUUCGAAUUCUCAGCGGCCGCGGAAGAAUACCCCCUCCCGUCUGACGGCUCGGGACCGACAGACGUCGCAGCCCAAAAUGAACUGAACGUACUUCGAAGGAAGCUCCUCCCCCUGAUCUCGCUCGAGAGCUCGCUGUCGUCAGAGCUCAGCGAGGAUGUCGCGUUCACACCGAACCGCCACGGGACACUCUUGUUGUCUCCCAAGGGCAGGAGGUCGAGCAGUCGUCCCAUCUCGGCUUUGCGGGACUCGAGCCGAGCUGUGUUGGCGACCAAUAGGGUGGCGCAAGUCCUGUCAGAGCUGGGCACUCUGCUAGAGCUUUUAUGGCAUCACCGUACGGUGCAGUAUAUGAUUCGUGUUCGCAAGCUGCGCUUGGAGGAAUCUGGACAUUUCUUUUUACAAGAAAUAAGUCGAGUAUCUCAGUCAGAUUACUGCCCCACGAUCGAUGAUGUUCUGCAUGUCCGGCUUCAGACAGUUGGCGUUAUUGAACACGUUCUCCGAGUGGGCAGAUCGAAUAUCUGGAAGAUCUAUGAUGUCGGCGGUACACGGGCACAGCGACCCGCAUGGUCAGCCUAUUUCGACGACGUGAAUGCAUUGGCAAUACUGGUUCCAAUCUCUGCAUUUGACCAGUACCUUGAGGAAGAUCCCCUCACUAAUCGUAUCCACGACUCCUUGGAACUAGUGACGGCGAUUUGUGCGAACAAACUUCUGAAGAAUGCGCAAUUAGUUCUACUUCUGAACAAGAUCGACUUAUUGCGCCGCAAACUGGAAUCUGGGCUGCAAAUUCGGGACUACAUAAUAAGUUACGGGAAUCGACCGAAUAAUUUCUCGGCCGCGGCCGAUUACUUCCGGUCUCACUUCCUGACCGCUCAUAAGCGGAAAGAUCCUUUCAAUCGCAGCUUAUAUGUCCAUCUUACUUCCUUGGUGGACGUACAAGCCUCGCAGAUCAUUAUUGCCAGCGUGCAAGACGUGAUCAUGCGCAAGCACAUUGCGCAAUCGGGUUUGACGUAGUCGCCCGCACUGAGCUCGGAAUAUCUGUGUGACUUGUAAUUAAUGCGCUUAUGUUGUAGUUUGUGAUAUACAGGAGGCACGGCACGUGCACCGAAUACAGGUUCGGAUACUUCCGGAGCCCCUAAGUAUGUUGUGCGUUUGUGACGCAGCUCCUCACUUCAGACCACCUGGUCGCAAGCGCACUCUUCUCAUCAUCCUGGUAGGAGACCGUUCUCCUAAUCUUGUAACCAGAAGUCCCAGGUGACGAGAAGAUUCCAGCAUGGAGUCUUCUCGGGGAGACUUCCUAAUUGCAGGGCUUUGCGGAGCGAUAGUCCCAUUGCGCGCAGGUUAGAAAACAUGCUGCUUCUCGCAGAAAACAUGAGCCCUCGGACUCUCGUACCGGACAAGCUCAACCUCUGUCCUCAGCCUACUUGAGGAGUCUGCAUGUAUGAAGUCUUGGGUGACCUGCAGGCAAACCUCCUUUUUUUUGUGGCUGCGGACCUCGAACUCGGCCAUUGAGUGAAAUUGGCACCGGCCGCAGGUUUGUGUUCUAGAAAGGGUCGGACAUGACUCAUCAACUGGAAUGGUAUUCUGGAAUCUACGGCAGCUGCUGAGCAUGGUCUGGGCGAGGCUUUGUCGAGCUGAGCUGGCGUCCACGCGCUCGAUGCAUUGCGUAUUCACUUGCGUAUGCAACCUUAUUAUCGCCUGCCGGAUCAUGGCGACAUGGUCUGGUGACAACCUGCCACAAAUUCUGCUAUCUCUAGAAUCUUCGGAACUAUUCGCGAAGUCUUCCCUAGGCCCCCUCCGGGUUGCGACUAAUGCUCCACAGCAACCGAGGGGACUCUCCACAGGGGUGACUCCAACCUCAUCGAUUGUCCCACUGUUUCGCCUGCAAGGUUUGGGUUAUGCGGCGACGCAAGACUCAGUAAAACGAGUCACAUCAAUCAAUGGUCACACGCUUUAACCCCAUCAGGUAAUCUUCGUGGAAAACGUGCUGGCUGGUCAGGUCUCGCCGCCGUGGUUGCUCACCCACCAUCAUGUCGCCACCACCUCCACCCCCACCUCCGCCACCUCCCUUGUGUUUUCCCUUUGGCUCAAAUAAGCCUAAACGCCGUCUCACUAGCGACGACGCUACGAGUGUCGCUGGAUCGUACAGCACGGGCCUGCCUCCCUCAAGCUACGACGAAAAGUACCGGCCGAACACCUACUCCAGCACAUCCUCUUUGACGAGAACGGACUCUCUGAGCUUCAAGACGGACUCGGAGGACUAUGGGACAGUGCGGGGAAGCGAGCAUCCGGAUUGGCAGCUUGGCAAAAAGGGUCCGCGGAUGGUGCGAGCCAACACCAUGGCAGGAACCAAACCUCCCAAGGAGCCAUCCUCGGGCAGCAAGUGGGGCUUUUUAGGAGGGAAGAAGAAGGAGAAGGACAACCAGAAGGACCUGGUCGUCGCUUUCCCAGGCCAACCACCCAUGUCGGAAAAACUGCCCUCAAAUGGUGGCGCCCCGCGCGGUGUACCGCUAUACGACCCCCCAGUCCCUCCGGCCCGCAUGGACUCGCGGAAUAGCCGUGAAACGAGGUCUUCCCGCGAUACCAAAGACUCACGGCGAUCGAAAGAAUCCCGGGGCACACGAGAAUCACGGAGUUCCCACAAGACCCGUGAGUCAGAUGAGACGAGGGUGUCUGGGGAAACGAGACCCUCUUCUGGACGCAGUCGCAGCUACACCCAGCCCACCGGCAAAAGCUCUACUCCCAGCCCACAGACGAGCCAGCGGAGUACUGGGGCCCGUGGAUCGGGCGGAUCGGGAACUCAAGGCGGUGGUCCGUCAUCCCUCGUGCGGAAUGACUCGCAAAACACGCUCGUUGGGUCUGCGCUGGAACGCAAGAUCAAUGACGUUGAGCCGAGCAUAGAGAGGGCGGACACGCGUGUACGUCUCGACGAUCUGCGCAAAAUCAUGACGAAGGACAGCUUGGAUUACUAUAUCAUUCCAAGCGAAGACUCCCAUCAGUCCGAAUACGUUGCUGCAACCGAUAAGCGUCGCGAGUACAUAUCUGGAUUCUCCGGCUCAUCCGGCCAGGCCAUCGUCACACCGAAUCACGCGUUCUUGUUCACGGACUCGCGCUACUGGUUGCAAGCCCAAGAACAAUUGGAUGAGAACUGGGAACUUGUACGUGUAGGCUCGCCAGGUCUGCCCAAAGACUGGAUCGAGUGGCUAGUGGAUCGAGCGCGAAACUCUCGUAUCGGUAUCGAUGCUCGUAUGAUUUCGCACGAGAAAGCCGCCGUUCUCAACAGCAAGCUGGUCCAGCGGGACUCCAAGAUGAUAUAUCCUCCCCAGAACUUGGUCGACCUUGUUUGGCGUGACAAGAUCGGAAAGUCGCGGGAACCCCUGUAUCGGCAGCCCGACAAGUUCACCGGCCAACAGGCUGACAAGAAGUUGGCACGUUUACGGGAUUGGAUCGCCAAUCAACCUCCCUCGAUUCCUUCUUACUCCAAAGGCCCGCCUACAGAAUCUCAGAUUCAUGUCGCUACGCUGGUGUCGUCAUUGCCCGCCAUCGCAUAUCUGCUGAAUCUACGUGGUUCUGAUAUCCCGUUCAACCCGUUGUUCCAUGCGUACUUCUUCAUCAGCCAGGACACAGCCAUCCUCUUUGCCGAUGCGGUGAAAGUGAACGAGGAUAUCCACGAGUAUCUGCACUCGUUGGGUGUCGAGCGGAGGGAUUAUGUCGAGAUCUGGCAGUUCCUGCGCCGCAGAGAAUGGGGAGCGGGCAAAGUGCUCAUCACCCCGCAGACCUCGUUCGCAAUCUCGCUUAUGCUGACCCACUUGCGAUACACGGUGGCGCCCAACUACGUCGAGGAGAUGCUGUCCAUCAAGAACGACACGGAAUUGCAUGGACUGAGGGAAGCGUAUAUCAGAGACGGAGUGUGCUAUGUCCGAUUCCUUGCCUGGCUCGAGGACAAGUUCAAUGCAGGCUACGACAUCACGGAAUACGAAGCCGCUCAGCGAUUGACUGAAUUCCGGCGCAAGGCUCCUUACUUCAUGGGCUUGGCAUAUGAGAACAUUUCCGCCAGCGGGCCGAACGCAGCAUUGCCGCAUUACUCCCCGAGGAGAAGCACUGCUCGGAUGAUCGACAAGUUCACGCCGUACCUGAAUGACUCUGGUGGCCAGUACCGGGAUGGAACAUGCGACACGACUAGGACAUGGCAUUUCGGCCGUCCCACUCCAGAACAAAGUGAUGCGUACACCCGCGUGCUUCAGGGUCAUAUCGCGAUUGACUCUGCAGUGUACCCCGAGGGUACCUCGGGAUUGCAGCUCGACGUGCUUGCUCGUCGAGCGUUGUGGCGAGAUGGGCUUAACUAUGGGCACGGGACAGGCCACGGCUUCGGAUCGUUCUUGACUGUACACGAAGGCUCCCACGGCUUUUCGAGCUCUGUGCCGCUCCAGGCUGGCCACGUUGUCACUAACGAACCUGGUUUCUAUGCCGAAGGCCAGUGGGGCAUUCGUCUCGAAUCGGCCCUCAUCGUGCGCCCGGUCUCGAUGAGCCGUCGCUACGGCGGCAACUCGCGCUGGCUCGGAUUCGAGCGGCUCACGUGUGUUCCUAUCCAGACGAAGAUGGUCAAGGAGAGCAUGAUCACGAGAGAAGAGAAGAAUUGGCUCAAAGACCACAACGAGCGCUGCUGGACCAUCCUGAGCCCCCUUCUCAAGGAUGACAAGCGGGCCCUUGCCUGGCUGAAGCGCGAGACGACUCGUGGGAUGGGUGUCGCGACUGGUCCUGGUGGUCUUGCCAUCGACUGGGAUUGAGAGCGUGACCUUGAUCCGCCAGUAGACGAACACGAACAUUUACUGCUGCUAUCUAUUAGACUAGUUUCCCUUCUUCCUCUUCCCUACGUCCGUCGUUAGGAUGGAUAUGAUAUGACUUGAUGGACGGAUCUUUAUUACCUCUGCGCUUUUUGUAUAUACUUACUUGUUGUAGUGCCCUAUGCCACUCCUGCUAUGGACCAAGUACAGUAGUCCGCGCGAUGCAAGUAGCAGAGAUGUUGUACGUGUUUCACCUGUUCAGUCUCUAUCUAAGUCUUAUGCACCGAAUUCACUGGAAGAA